AUUUCAUGUGGAAUGAGCUUUAGUUCGUCUGCUAUCAGGAGUGUAGCGAGUGUUGCACUAGGGAACCGUAGUGCAGCCAAGCGAAGGAAACUGGACUAGAAGAUUUAUCAAUGUUUACUAUAUGUAACUAUACAAAUAUAUUUAGUAACAAGUUAUUCAGAACUUAAAAUGAUACGCAUAUUAAUCAGAAGUCCAUUGUUAAUGUCCAUAUAUCCAUUUCAAAAGAAUAAUCAAUAUGACAAGCCUGUGAAUGCAAUAAUGAAACCAUUAGAUGAUGAACUGGGUUGGGACAGAGUAAAAAAAAUAUUUUCAGUGGAUGAAAGUGGCUUGUUUACAAAAGAAUUGCAAUCUAUCAUAAAUAUAACUCUAUCAGGUUUUGCAAUUGGUUUAGCUGUAGGUGGUAUGAGUGCAACAAAGAAUACAGUAGAUCAUUUCAUUACAACUAACGAAGCAACAAAGUUUACAAGUCAUUUUGAUGCAAAAUGGAGUCUGCAACAGCAAGUUGCUACAAAUUUUUUAAAGAAGGGUGCAAGAUUAGGAGCAAAACUUGGAAUAUUUUGUUUUAUUUUUAGUUCCAUAACAACGUGCACAACAGCAUAUCGGGGUAAGCUAGCUGUAGAAAAUUAUAUGUUGGGUGGUUCCAUAACAGGAUUAUUAUUUAAAAUAAAUUUGGGACUUCGAGCGACACUUGUUGGCACUGGACUUGGUACUGUAUUAGGUGGAAUAUGUGGUGGUAUAUCAGUCAUUAUUCUCAAGUUAUCAGGAGUAACUAUAGAUCAAGUAUUAGAUGCACAACAUGAGUGGAUAAAAUCGAGAAAUGAUAAGAUGCAAGAGAGAAUAAAAGAAUGUAUGAAAUCUGAAUUACCAGAAAUACAAAAAAUGUAUGAAGAAAAUAGAAAACUACAGAAUAUUCAACAAAAAGAUGUUGGAAGCAAAGAAAUAAUAAACCCAUAAUUAUAUAAAUAAAUAUUGUAAAUAGAAAGACA